AUGGCUGAGUCAAGUUUCCCUUUACCACCAGAUGAUUACUGUCUUCUGUGUGUGGACGCACUAAGAGACCCGGUCACCAUCCCGUGUGGUGACACCUACUGCCUGGAGUGCAUCAAGAUCUACUGGGACCAGUUUGACCACAUGGGCGUGUACAACUGCCCACAGUGCCGUGCGACCUUCACACCCCGACCCGUGCUGAGGCGUAAUCUGCCGGACGUGAGCAUUGAGCCACGGCGCCAGCUUCCGGAGCUCACCCCUUUCCCCUACAUGCACCGGGAAUCCUUCUGCGAUUUCUGCGUCGGCCGUCGCAACAAGGCCGUUAAGUCUUGCCUCAUGUGCCUCGCCUACUACUGCGAAACGCACGUAAAGCCACAUUAUGAGUCAUCAACCUUCAAGAGACACAAGCUGGUGGAUGAGACGGGACACCUGGACAGGAAGAUCUGCCCCCAGCAUGAGAAAGGCCUGGAGCUGUUCUGUCGAUCGGACCAGAUGUGCAUCUGUGUGCUGUGUACUGUCAGAGAGCACCGCGGCCACAACAUCGCCUCAGCAGAAGAAGAGCGCAUCGAAAAGCAGAAAGUCCUGGUGGUCACCCAGUCUGAAGUCCAGCAUAUCAUUCAGGAGAGGAUGAAGGAGCUGCAGGAGCUCAAACAUAAUGUGGAUGUUCUCAAAAGUGGCGCCCAGCGAGCACAGACAGAGAGUGAUAAGACUUUCCACGAAAUGCUGCAGGCUGUGGAGCGCUGGAAGGCUGAAAUCCAUCAGAUGAUAACGGCCAACAUGCAGUCGGCAAUGUCGCAGGCUGAGGGCUACGUGGACCGACUGGAGCAGGAGAUACUGGAGCUGCAGCGCAGAGAUGCAGAGCUACGGCAGAUCCUAGAAACAGAGGACAACAUUCACUUUCUGCAGAAUUUUCCGACCCUGUGCGUUCCUCCUGAGCCCAUGGUGCCCAAAGUGCUCAUCAACCCUCAGUUCUCCUUUAGCGAGAUGAGUAAGACGGCCUCAGAGAUGAAGGAAAAUCUGGACGACAUCUGUAAGAAGGAACUGAGCAAAAUCUCCAAGACAGUGAGUGAAACUCCCGUGUACAUACUCCUGCCAAGAAAUGGAGAAAAACGGCUUAAAGUUCCUUCCAGAGCUGAUUUUCAGGAGCCAAAAACCAGGAAAGACUUCUUAAGAUACUCCUGCAAGUUGUCCUUCGAUCCGCACACAGUCUACAAAGAGCUGGUCCUGUCCGACGGGAACCAGAGGGUCACACGGAAGAAAGCAGUCCAGUUUUACCCAGAUCAUCCAGACCGCUUCGACGGCUUCUCCCAGGUGCUCUGCAAGGAGCCUCUGACUGGUUUCAGAUUUUACUGGGAGGCGGAGUGGGGCGGAGAAUUUUCCAUCGGGGUGGCCUACAAGAGCAUCAGUCGCAAAGGGAAGAACUCGCACAGCUUACUGGGCUACAACGAGAAGUCUUGGAGUCUCCUCUGCUCUGACUCAGGCUACUCUGCCUGGCACAACAAAGUGGACAGAGACCUUCCUGAAGCUCCCCGGGCCACACGGAUCGGUGUGUAUCUGGAUUAUGCAGGCAACACUGUGGCCUUUUACUCAAUAUCACAGACUAUGGAGCUUAUCCACAGAUUUAAAACUCAGUUCAGUGAGCCUUUGUAUGCUGGUUUUGGUGUGGGCUCCUCUGUUACCCUCUGCCAGCUGAAGCAGAACGACACGUCUUACUAA